AUGAAGAAUCCAUGCACAUGGAGGCUGAUAAUUCUUGCCCAAUUGUUCUUCAUCAUCCAUGGUGGUUCUUUAUCUAAUUACACUCGAGAAAUUUUGCGGAACGACACUGAAGCUCUUGCUGUCUUACCCGUGAAGUUACUAGUAUAUCCUAAUGAGGUGAUAAUGUCUAACGGUAUAGUGAGCGUGACAUUUUCAAACCCUCAAGGCCAUGUUACCGCCAUUAGAUAUGGUAGAAUCGAAAAUAUACUAGAUACUCUUAACAAAGGGGACAAUAGAGGAUAUUGGGAUGUUGUUUGGAAUGGUGAUGGUGAAAAUGAUGAUGAUAAUAAUGAUUAUGACGAUGCUGGUGGUGAUGAGAAAUCUAUGUUAUAUGAUACAGAAGAAUCAAAUAUUGGCAUUGAAGCAGCACAUUUAGUACCAAUUGACAAGGCUGAUGGUACACAUUUUAAGGUCAUUGUGCAAAAUGAAAACCAUGUAGAGAUUUCAUUUAGUAGGACAUGGAAACGAAGUGGAGCUCCUUUAAACAUCGAUAAGAGAUUUAUUAUGCAUAGUGGAAGUUCUGGAUUCUAUGCCUACGGAAUAUUCGAGCGCCAAAACAAUUUCCCCGCGUCAAGGAUUGACCAAAUUAGGAUUGUUUUUAAACUCCGGGAAGACUUGUUUGAUUACAUGGCCAUUUCGGAUAAAAUACAAAAGGUAAUGCCGAGUAGUAAGGAGCGAGCAAAUGGUGAGACUCUUGACUAUCCAGAAGCUGUUCGCUUGAAAAAUGGAGAGGUCGAUGACAAGUAUGAAUACUCUUCCAACAAUAAAGAUAAUCAAGUGCACGGAUGGAUAAGUAGAAAAGAAAGUAUAGGGUUUUGGAUAAUCACACCGAGUGACGAGUUUCGAACUGGAGGACCUCUAAAGCGAGACCUCACAUCCCAUUGUGGCCCUAUAUCGCUCUCUAUGUUUGUAAGCACUCAUUAUGCUGGAUUGCCUCUAGCCAUGUACUUUAAAAACAAAGAACCAUGGAAAAAGGUUUUUGGUCCUGUUUUUAUCUAUCUCAACUCCAAUAAGAAAACAUGGCCAUUGUGGGAGGAUGCAAAGCUACAGUUGUAUAAAGAAACACAAAAUUGGCCAUACAACUUUCCACUUUCGUCGGAUUUCCCUCACUCGAAUCAACGAGGUGUUUUAAUCGGAAAAUUAACUAUUCAAGACGGGUAUAUUAGUUCAAAAUUUCUACAAGGUGCCUAUGCUUAUGUGGGAUUGGCUGCACCAGGGAAGGCUGGUUCAUGGCAAUAUGAAAGCAAGUGGUAUCAAUUUUGGACAAAAGCAGAUAAUGAAGGGAAUUUUAUUAUUAAAGGUGUUAGACCUGGAAAUUACAACUUAUUUGCUUGGGUCCCUGGAUUUAUUGGGGAUUACAAAUAUGAUAAUAAUGUUACCAUUUCAUCAGGAUUUACAACACAAUUGAACCACCUUUUGUUCAAGCCUCCAAGAGUCGGAAUGACUUUAUGGGAGAUUGGUUAUCCAGAUCGUAGUGCUCAAGAAUUUUACAUACCUAAUUCUGAUCCGUACUACUCUAACCCCAUUUUCAAAAGUUUCGAUAAAUUUAGACAAUACGGGCUAUGGUACCGCUAUAGUCAGAUGUAUCCUCGUCAAGAUCUCGUCUAUAAUGUCGGAUCGAGUGACUACACAAAACAUUGGUUAUUUGCUCAAGUUACAAGAAAUUCGCACAAAAAUGUGUUUGAAGGCACCACAUGGAAAAUUGUGUUUCGACUAAAACAAAUUGAGAAGAACAGGAUGUACACUCUUCAAUUAGCAAUAGCUGGCGCAUCUAAGGCUGAGUUGCAGGUGCGAGUGAAUAGAUAUGAAAAGCUACCACUUUUCACAACCGGUUUAAUUGGAACAGAAAAUGUGAUUGCAAGACAUAGUGAUCAUGGACUAUAUAGGCUCUAUAGUGUUUCCUUUCGGGGAAGUCAAUUAUACAUGGGAAAAAAUGUCAUUUAUCUAACACAAACUAGAGGAGGAACUCUAUUCAAAGGACUCAUGUAUGAUUAUAUUCGUCUCGAAGCCCCAUUUAUGCGGUGA